GACGUCCCGUCAGAAACCGAAAGUUUGGAAAGGUCCGGGUUCUGGUCCUGGUCUGCUGGAUUCUGCCUCCUAAUGUGGAUCUAAAGGAAGCUCUGAGAUGGGUCUGGUUCUGGUUCUGGUUCUGGUCGUUUCCCAGCAUGCCUUGGGGCUCCAGGUGUUUGAGGGGGAGGAGUCUGUCCUGCUGCCCUGUGAGGUCAAACCUUCUGUGUCCAGUGGUUCUACAACAGUUUGGGACAGAGACGACUUCCGGAUCCCCACGGUCCAUGUUCGUGAGCCGGCUGGGGAUUAUCUGAAGGACCAGAACCAGCGUUAUGAAGGUCGGACCUCAAUGAUGGAGGACGCUCUGCAGACCGGAGACCUCAGUCUGACUCUGAGGAAACCGACCUUCACCGACAGCGGGACCUUCACCUGCACCGUCCGCAGGAUGGGAGUAGAUCUGCACCAAGAAACUGUGGAGCUGCAGGUCAAAGAUCUUCCCCCUCCUGUCUGGCCCUGGGUUCUGUUUGGGGUUCUGAUCCCUGUAGUUCUGCUGGUCGUUGGAACUGCUGUUUGGUACUACAGAUGGAAAAAGAAGCACACAGCAGUGCUUCAGUCUGAGAAAGUGGAGAUCAGAGAGGGGGUGAAGUCUGUCCUGCUGUCCCUAAAAGCCAACAGAGCCUUUCCCCAGGAUGUCAGAGUGGAGUGGACCCGUUCUGACCAGAACAUCAGAGUCCAUGUGUUUGAGAACGGCCAGACCCAGCCUCAGGAACAGGAGAAGAUCUAUGAAGGAAGAACAAAGAUGAGAGCAGAACCUCUGACUACAGGAGACCUGAGUCUGACUCUGAAGAGACCCCAGCUGGAGGAUGAUGGGGACUAUGAAUGUAUCGUCUACAGAGGAGGAGACCUGCUGCUGAAGAAAACAGUGACCCUGAAGGUCAAAGAGAGCCUGAUGGAGGAGGUGGAGGUCACAGAAGGAGAAGAUGUUGUCCAUCUGCCUUUUAAAACAUUAGCUAACCUGCCUCAUGAUGCUAAAGUGGUUUGGAGCCACACGGAUAAACCUGACAAAGUACACCAGUACCAGAAUGGUCAGAACCAGUUAGAGAGACAGAACUGUGAGUACCAGGACCGGACAUCCAUGAAUCCUGAUGCUCUGCAGACUGGAGACCUGACCCUUACUCUGAAGGAUCCCAGACUGGGAGACAGCGGCAUCUAUAUCUGUAUCGUCUACGACAAUGAUGGAAAAAUACUGAGACGGAAAGUAGUGACGCUCACUGUGAGAGUCUACAAGGUGGAAAAGGUUUCUGUUGACGAAGGAAAGAGGUCUGUCGUUCUUCCCUUUCAUGCAACACCCUCCCUCCUCUCUGGGAGCAUCACUGUGGAGUGGAAAAUCUCAGACGUAGAAGACACGAUGCUCUGCAAAUAUCAGAGAGGCUGUCACAUACCAGCAGAGGACCAGGUUUAUGGAGGCCACACAGAGAUGAAUAAAGAUCCAUUAACCACUGGAGACCUCAGUCUGACCAUCAGGGACCUCCGUCUGACUGACGGUGUUUAUACCUGCACCAUCUAUGAUGAGAAUGGAGAGAGGCUGCAGCAGAAGGUGGUGGUCCUCAUAGUCAGAGAUUUACAAAUGGAGAUUGUGGAGGUACCAAAGGGAGAAGCAUCUGUGACACUUCCCUUUAAAAUCCAACCUCCUGAAGAAGAAGACCUAAAGAUCAGGUGGAUACAUGCUGGCUCCAAACAAUCUGAGGUCCUCACCUUUGAGAAUGGAAAACUUCAAGUUUCCAAAUAUAGCAAGCUUUAUCGCCGUCACAUUAAGAUGGAUAAAGACCUGCUGAGUUCUGGAGACCUCAGUCUGAUCCUGAAGCGUCCUGGUUAUAACGACAGUGGCCUCUACAAAUGUACCGUCUACAGUGGCCAGAAGAUCCAGCAGGAGAAAAUGGUGACGCUCAGUGUUAAAGAUCCUCUGGACAGCAGCUUCUUAGAAAGAGUUCAGUCCUACAAGGGGAGCAGGAGACCAGCCGCUUCAUCUCAGGAGAACGUCCCACUGGACCCAUCUGUUAAUCCAGUCUGAUCUCUGGAUUAACCCUCUGGAACCUGGAUUAUAAUCUGUUAGGAGACUGUUUCAGAAGACGUUUGGUACCAGAAACACUGAGGCCUAACCAGCUUCACUAACCUGGUCUGUUAGCUUCUACCAGAACCUGAGGUGCCAGAAGUUUGUCUGCUGCUUCCUGGAUUAUCUUCACAGUCAAUGAGAUGUCUUUAAACGUUGACUCCUCUGCAGAGUUCAAAGAACCUUUAUUCUAAAUGUUUAGAGAGGAACUACCUCCUUCUCCAAUAGUCCCAUGCUAACCCUCUGGAGUCAAACCAAGUAAUUGUUCAUGCAUUCUCCUUUGGUGGUCUACUGGGCAGUGGGGGUUGUAGAAAAAAAAUCAUCUGGGUGAUAAAGGAGGGACCUGUUUACACUGAGACAUGGGUGUCGGUUUGCAUAGCGACCAUAGGAACAUGUCUCCAUCUAAGGUUUGGACCAACCUACUGGUUGAUACCAGUAACACGAUGAGAUCUGCCAAUGACAUGUUCAUAAUCCAGGAUACUGUGUUCUUCCUGCAGCCGCUUCUGUUCCUCUCACAGCUCCACUUGAACCAGAUCUGCUGGGGGCCCCGCCCUCCUAAUGCUGUUACAGUAUGGCAACACCACUCACACAAAAUGUAUUGCAUCGGUUUCAUAAGAGCCACAUCUCUACUGUGGUCUCAGCUUAUGACCUAGAUUAGCUUUUAUUUUACAUUUCCUUUAAUGAUCUAAAGUUGAUCUAAAGAGGAAAACAAUGAUUGUUUGUACUGAAGCCAGAGCUGCGAUCUUAGACUGAACUCACCAAUUUAACAAGAUAACAAAAACAUCCAGUACUUAUUUUAUUAAGAUCUAAUGCCAGGAAGGACAAAUGGAACAUCUUAAAAAAGGACUUUUGUGGAAGUUUUAGAGUCAUUAAAACAACAGUUAUUCUACUUUAGCUACUCUGAUAAACUCAGACUGUGGAGGAACCGCAGUUCUGCUAUUAUUGGACCUCAGAGCAGCGUUUGAUUCUGUUGAUCACUGGAUUUUAUUAGAGCGUCUGGAAAACUGGGUCGGUCUUUCUGGUUCAGCACUGGACUGGUUUAAAUCCUCCCUGAAGGACUGGGACUUCUACCAGUCAGUGGGGAACUUUAAAUCAGAGACCAGAGGGUUCCUCAAGGCUGAAAGUAACGGUUCUUAUAACAACUUAGACUGUUUCUCCGGGUUUAUUUCACUCUAUGUGUUUGUCUGGAUAAUGCAGAGACCAUCACAACCUUCUGCAGGAUUUUAAUUAGUGAAUUAAAAACUCUGUCAUGAUCAGACCAGGGUAGGACAUCAUGCGACGGUGCUAUCAUGAUUGCCUGCUUCUCUUUUUACUUUGCAAAGUUAAAUAUUAUUAGUAUUGUUAGGAUAAUUAUCAGUGAUGAUGUGUGCUUUUAUUACACCUUAAUAUUAGCUGCCUGUCAGAACUGAUAUUUUCCACAAUAGUUUAUCUAAUUAGGCCAGUUUCUCUGUCUGGAUAUACAGUUAUAAUCAUUCUACAGGUGGCAAAGAUCUGGGAAUGAGAGCGGCGUCCUUCAGCUGAGAACAAAGUGGAAUAUUUUGAUAAUCUGGAGCCAUGGAUGCCUAAUCACCUGCUAACGUGUGUAAUGUAAUGAUGUAAUGAUGUAAUGAUGUGAUGAUGUAAUGAUGUGAUGAUGUAAUGAUGUGAUGAUGUAAUGAUGUUGCAGAGUGUAGAUGUAUAAAAUGCCUUUUUAACUGUUA